AUGGCCGAAUCACUAGCAGCAUUCCGUGACCGCAGGUCGAAGGAUCUCCGCCAGCUUGCAGAGGAACAUCUGCAACACGACCUCAACCAACAAGAUCGUGAUAUACUUCAAAAAGCGGGCGGCAAGGUUUCGACGCACACUGGUUUCGCAUCAGCAGUCGGGCUAGGUCUAGGACUCUAUACGGCAUUUCGACUACGAGCUAUGCGCCUUGCAUACUUCAGAGCUUUCCGAGCCAUGGAGAAGCCGGUAGAAGUGCGCUUCGCAGACGGUCGUACUGAGCCUAUCCCAGACAUCACAGCGAAAAUAUCUGGGCCUUCACGCUGGGGCGAUGCUGCGACCUACUUCCUCUUUUCCGUUGGCGGCCUCUUCCUUGGUGGUGAACUGGGUCUGUUGACGGGUACAGCCAGCGCAGCGAGAACGGUUACCAAGGACCCGGCGAGUAGGGAGAGGAUUGAGAAGGCGUUUAAGAAUUACCGAAUUGAUGUGCUACAGAGAGAGAUUGAGCAGCUGAAGGGCAAGAGUAAAUUCGAGGAGUUCUUUAGUAGUGGGCCGUCUAGUGCGUAG